AGCAAAACCGAGAUCAGAGCCCAGGACCCUCCAUACCCCACCUGCUCCACAGCCUUCACCAGGUGUCCCCGAGGUCCCUCCUUCUCCCGAGGCACUGAACCUGGCUGCUCACCACGGAAUCUCCCUCCCAACCCCAUGAGCCAGGGUCUCCUCAGGUGCCAGGCUGGCCUCAGCCUUUUGUCCUCAUGCCAGGAUCACAGGUGUGACCACCGUGCCCUGCAAAAUAACGACAUUCCUGACCAGAGGGUGCUGGUCACGUCUGUGCCCCGGGUGGCCCUGGGCCCUGGCUUCCUUCCUCUCCGAGCUCCGCACCUGGCUGCGGGCCACCCUGCCUCCACCAGGCCCCGCACCUUACUCAGCGGCCACCAGAGCUGCCUGCCAGCCUCAGCCUGGUGGUCACCUGCGGACACGGAGGCAGUUGCUGGGUGGGGUCCUGGGUGAGCCUGGGCCUCCCAGGCCUUGGCCUCUGCUCAGACCCCUCAGUGACUGACCAAAGGGCCUCAGCAUGCAGGGCCUCUGGGCGCUUCCCAGGGUGCUGCGCCAGUCCCCACGCCCCGCUGUCUGUCGGUGGGUGCCCUCGCCUGUGUGCGUGGUGGUCUCACCCUUCCUGUGUGCUCAGGGAGACCCCCCUGGCAGCAGGGCCCAGACCCUGUAUCUGGGGCUCCUGGGACCGUGGCCACAUGCUGGCCCUGGCCGUGCCCUGUCCUGGGAACCCGUCAGGUGCAGCUCUGUUCCCUUUGUCCUUUUUUUGGGUUAUUUUGGUUUCGCUCUUUGAUUAUUUUUGUUCCAGGUCUGAACCGGCAUGCUCUACCACUGAGCCACAUCCUCAGCCCUUUCUAUUUUGAGGCAGAGUCUCACUGAGUUUGCUUAGGGUCUUGCUAAAUUGCUGAGGCUGGCCUUGAACUUGAGCUCCUCCUGCCUCGGCCUCCCCCAUCACAGGCGGGCACACCCCACCUGGAAAGUUCAGCUCUUUUCUUCUCUGUGUCUUUGUGGCUGUCUUGCUCCUGUUCUAUGGAAAGAGGAGGAUCAGUGUACCCCAGAUGCCCUGGGGGCACCUAUGUGACCAGGGCUGAGGCCACGGAUGCCGACGACCCCGACACAGACAACGCGGCGCUGCGGUACUCCAUCCUGGAGCAGGGCAGCCCCGGGCUCUUCAGCAUUGAUGAGCACACGGGCGAGAUCCGCACCGUGCAAGUGGGGCUGGACCGCGAGGUGGUGGCCGUGUACAACCUGACGCUGCAGGUGGCCGACAUGUCUGGAGAGGGCCUCACCGCCACGGCCUCCGCCAUCAUCUCCCUGGACGAUGUCAAUGACAACGCUCCCGAGUUCACCAGGGACCAGUUGUCCAUGGAGGCUGCAGAGGCCAUCAGUGGAGUGGAUGUAGGACGCCUCGAGGUGGAAGACAGGGACCUACCUGGCUCCCCCAACUGGGUGGCCAGGUUCACCAUCCUGGAAGGGGACCCGGAAGGACAGUUCACCAUUCGCACUGACCCCAAGACCAACGAGGGCGUGCUGUCAGUGGUGAAGCCCCUGGACCACGAGAGCCGUGAGCACUAUGAGCUCAUGGUGACUGUGCAGAACGAGGCCCCACUGCAGGCAGCUGCCCCCCGGGCUCAGCGGGGCCAGGCCAGGGUCAGCGUGAGGGUGCAGGAUACCAACGAGGCCCCUGUGUUCCCGGAGAGCCCACUGCGGACCAGCCUGGCUGAGGGGGCACCCCCAGGAACCCCUGUGGCCCUCUUCUCUGCCAGAGACCCUGACACACAGCAGCUGCAAAGAAUCAGCUAUUCCAAGGACUGUGAUCCCGAGGAUUGGCUGCAGGUGGACAGAGCCACAGGCAGGGUGCAGACCCAGCGCGUGCUGAGCCCCGCCUCCCCCUUCCUCAAGGACGGCUGGUACCGGGCCAUCGUCCUGGCCCUGGAUGACGGCUCUCCACCCAGCACCGGCACAGGCACCCUCUCCAUCGAGAUUGUGGAGGUCAACGACCAUGCACCUGUGCUGGCCCCUCCAUCGCCCAGCAGCCUGUGCAGUGAACCGGACCAGGGGCCUGGCCUCCUCUUGGGUGCCACAGAUGAGGACCUGCCCCCACACGGGGCGCCUUUCCUUUUCCAGCUGAGCCCCAGGUUCCCAGAGCUCAGCCGGAACUGGAGUCUCAGCCAGGUUAACGUGAGCCACACGCGCCUGCGGCCACGGCACCAGAUCCCUGAGGGCCUGCACCGCCUCAGCCUGCUGCUCCGGGACUCUGGGCAGCCGCCCCAGGAGCGCGAGCAGCCACUGAACGUGACCGUGUGCCGCUGUGGGCCCGACGGCGCCUGCCUGCCGGGGGCCGCUGCGCUGCGGGCCGGGGGCGCGGGCGUCAGCCUGGGCGCGCUGGCCAUCGUGCUGGCCAGUGCCAUCCUGCUGCUACUGCUGGUCCUGCUCGCGGCGCUCCGCUCGCGGUUCCAGCAGCCGCCGCGGGAUAAGGGUCUGCUGCGCGGGCUACAGGACGACCUGCGGGACAACAUCCUCAACUACGACGAGCAGGGAGGCGGGGAGGAGGACCAGGAUGCCUACGACAUAAACCAGCUGCGCCACCCUACAGAACUGCCUGCUCUGAGCCUCCCCUUGGGACGGCCACCCCUGCGCCGUGAUGCUCCCUUUGGCCACGUGCCCCGCCAGCCACACCGCGUGCUCCCCACCAGCCCUGCUGACAUGGCCAGCUUCAUCAGCGAUGGCCUGGAGGCUGCGGACACUGACCCCAGCGUGCCACCCUAUGACACGGCUCUCAUAUAUGACUACGAGGGGGACGGCUCUGUGGCAGGAACGCUGAGCUCCAUCCUGUCCAGCCAUGGUGACGAGGACCAGGACUAUGACUACCUCAGGGACUGGGGCCCCCGCUUUGCCCGCCUGGCAGACAUGUAUGGGCAUCCAUGAGAACCAAGGCCAGGAGUGGAAUGUGCUGUUUGGAUGUGGCCACCUGACAGGGAGGGGGCCUUCUGGGGGCAUCUGCACCCAGAGACCAAAGUGUAACCUCAGGGCUGACAGGGAGCCCAUUCAUGGCAAAGGCGACCUCACCAGACCACUUCCUCUGGCCUUUCUCCCAAGGCAGGAUGAGUGUGAGGGGACAGCACUUGGAGUCUGGAGUGAGUGGCAGGAGGUGGCACCCUCCUGCUGGAGUUGGGGAGCUGCUUCCCAUCCUUGCUGGGGUCACCCCACCUUUGCCCCCCCUGGAGGCCUCUCCUCUGUAUGGAAGCAAGAGCCUCGUGGUGAAUCAGA